AUGGCUUCCAUAACUUUCGCUGGACGGCCGGCGCUAGAGCUACGCGAAUACAAAGCCUAUCGCAUUGGCAGUGAUAUAACAGCUAAGGAUUUGGAUUUCUGCAUAGUCGAUAAGUCUGUUGCCAAGUUCCAUGCCACUCUAACCCGUGCCGGGCCGCGUCUCUAUUUGGUGAACGAGAGCCGCGUGGGUAAUGUCUUUGUAAAUGGCAUGGGCAUUGGCUCCGUGACCCUUAUCUCCAUUCGUAAUGUCAUCAAUGGAGUUGUCAGGCUGCGCUUCGGCAAUGUGGAGGCCGAGCUACGCGUGUCGCCCAACAUGACGGGCUAG